GUGAAAAAGUCAAUAAGAAGGCUUUUCUUUAGGUGAUAAAAGCGUGUUUAUCGUUCUGCUCUUAAGUAAAGGUAUUAUUGACGGGGUAUAAUUAUUGCGGCAAUCGAGGGUUAUCAUAAAUAAUAAAAAGUAAUAAUGGCGGUAAGAACGCAUUUUGAAAAUAAUAACGAAGUGGGAGUGUUCUCGCGGUUAACAAAUGCCUAUUGUUUAGUAGGUAUAGGAGGGUCGGAAGUUUUUUACAGUUGUUUCGAAGCUGAGUUGGGCGAAACUAUCCCGAUAGUUCAUGCGUCCCUAUCGGGCUGCCGAAUUAUCGGCCGGCUGUGUGUCGGAAAUAAAAACGGUUUGCUUGUACCUAGCACCACUUUCGACACAGAAUUACAGCAUAUCCGUAACGCGUUACCAGAUUCAGUGAAAGUCCAAAGAAUUGAAGAAAGACUCUCUGCCUUAGGAAAUGUAAUAGCCUGCAAUGAUUAUGUUGCACUGGUCCAUCCAGAUUUAGAUAGGGAAACUGAAGAAAUUAUAGCAGACACAUUAAAAGUGGAAGUAUUCAGGCACACAAUAGCUAGUAAUGUUCUUGUCGGAUCAUACUGCGUCCUGAACAAUCGCGGCUGCUUGGUACAUCCUCAAACGAGUAUUGUUGACCAGGAAGAGUUGUCGUCGUUACUCCAAGUGCCCCUAGUUGCCGGCACAGUGAAUCGAGGGAGCCCUCUUGUCGGCGCAGGUGCGGUUGUCAACGAUUGGGUGGCGUUUGCGGGCAUGGAUACCACGUCGACCGAACUGUCUGUGAUGGAAUCAGUUUUCCGGCUCAAUGACGCGGAGCCUUCGCAGAUAACGUCGGCGAUGAGGGCGAGUCUUAUCGAAGGGAUGUCGUAAAAGUGCCAAGUCUAUUCAGAACAGCCUCUAUUGGCAUAAAACACUGUUGUUAAAUGAAAUAUUUUUACAUUAAUAAAACCUUUUUGUUGUUUCUGUAUCAACACCACAGAUAGAAUAAUUUUUAUAUAUCCA